CUGAAAACAUAAUUCAAGCUGCAAAAAAUAUUAAAAAGAAAGAUCAAAACCCACCUGCCGGAAAAAUAAUUCAAGCUGAAGAAAUCAAAGAGAAAGAUCGAAACCCACCUGCUGAAAAAAUAAUUCAAGCCAAAGAAAUAUCGAAAGAUCAAAACCCACCUGAAAAUAAUUCAAGUGAAAAAAUGUUGAAAGAUCGAAACCCACCUGCCAAAGAAAUGUCGAAAGAUCAAAACCCACCUGCUAGAAAAAUAAUUCAAGCUGAAGAAAUGUCAAAAGAUCAAAACCUACAUGCUGAAAAAAUAAUUCAAGCCAAAGAAACAUUGAAAAAUCGAAACCCAGUGAAUCGAAAACAACCAACAACAUAUAGUGAUCACCCAAAGCCAGAAAAUAAUUCAAGCAAAAAAAUGUUAAAAGAUCGAAACCCACCUG